AUGUGCGCCGGCGCAUGCGCAGGGGCGUUCCUGGAGCUGCGCGUGGAGCGCCGGCGCUUCUCGCUGGUGGAGCUGCAGAAGGCGGCGGAGAGCGGGCUGCAGGCGAGCGGUGCGGCGGCGCAGGGCGUGCAAGCCUACGCCCACGCGCUGCCCGACGGCCGCGUACAGCUAGUGCUGGUUGAGGGCGACCCCUACCGCGGCGCCAGCGUGGAGGCCGCCUACGGCCUGCGCGCCUCUUUCCUUGCAGAGGAGGCGCUGGGGGUGUUGGCGGCGUCUCUGACGGCGGCAGGCCCUCCCGUGAGCGAGCACCGCUGGGUGCGCGUUGCGGCGCCUGUGCUCGGCACCCUGGCCGUGGCCCUCGCCGCCUUCGCCGCCAUCUUCCUCGUUUUCUCCGGCUGGCGGUCGCUCAUUUGGUGCAGCGCGAACGACGAAGGCGCCUACGUGUUCGCUCGCUUUGAAAACGUGGAAGCGGACAGCGAAGCGGUCGAGGGUAGCGAGAAGUCAUCAAACAGGAUGCAGUACACCACUCUUCAGGAAGAGGAAACAACGUCUGACGUGGGCGAAACAUCUGGAUUUAAACGUUUCGACGACGAUUAAAUACAUUAAUCUAGGAAGGAAUGUUCUAUCUUCAACUGUACGAGGAAUAUUUGUAAUCGGUACCUCAGUAUCUAUAUAAUGUAAAGUAAUCAUAAGUAAACUCGUACAAAUGUAACGAUUGCCCAUUAAAAAGGGUAAAGGGUAAAUUACUGAUUUAAUUUUUUUUUUGAAGGAUAGACAUUUCUAAAAUGAAGCGGGGUUUCUCAGUACAUAUAAAAGAACGAUUAACUCAAACGUUUGUAUCACCAUUUCAUUGGCGUAUGAAAUAAAGAAGUAGUCUUCAUGUUGCGGUAAAAUUUUCUGGACAUUCUUUAACAAACUUCGACAAAUUUUCCGAGCCAACUAUUUUUAUUAUUUGUUUGCAAACAGGAAGUGCGAACACGAGUAUCACUGCUACCAAGUGCUAACAAGUGCUAUCACUGGGAAUAUUUACAUCCGUUAAUAGGUUUUAUUUCAUAAUUCAUGUACACGCUUUGAAGUAUACAUAAGCGGUAUUAAUCAAAGUGGCUUGGAUAGUGCUGCUAAGAGUUCUGGGCGUCGUGAGGACUUUCCAGAAGAAAAACCCUGUAAAUCAAGACAUAAAGAAGUGAUUUUAAAAAACCCUUUUACUCGUAUUUAAGUAGAAGAUAUAUUUUAUCCAAUUACGUUAUCUUUUUAUCCAUAUGAAAAUUAUAAAAUUUUGAAUUUUCUUCUUUCAUUUGGGGGAAACUGUCAUUCCUAUAACACUUUCAGCAAUACUGGUUAAUAUAGUUGUGGGGAGAGCAUCAAAAUAAAUUUCCCAUUAUAUUGCUAUUCAGCUAUUUGUUUUGUGUACAAAGGUCAUUGAAAUUAUCAAAGUUUUAUUUUAUCUUAUGUACCAACGACAUUUUUGGAAGAGGUAAUUUUAGAUACUAUUAAAAUUCCACAUCUUUCCAAUAUGUUCUAUUUGACAACGGUAUCUCAAAAAGGAAAUUAACUUGAGUACACUUUUUCUCUAAGACCAGGGUUUUACCAUUCCCACUGGAAAAAAAUCUCGCAUCCACACUACACGUUCUUCAAAUUCUUCACUUCUCUUCCCACUUCAAUAAGAACAUUCUUUUUAAAAAUCACUGUUAAUACACGAGCAUUUAGCGCGAAGCUAGUGUUAAGAGUUGGAAGCUGCUUCGUUGGUCAGAAUUGCUGUCACCUUCGCACACCUUGUCACUUCGCGUUUCUUGGGUCGGAGAUUGUAACUUCCAUUGUGAGUGUGGAGCACGGCUCAAUGGGCAUAUGGAGGCCGAAACAGAAAUGGCUUCACACUCACCGUUAACUUCCGCCCAAUCUUCACGGGAGCAGGAGACGAACAUGUCUCUCGCAUCCUUCAGAAGACUUAUUUAAAGAAUAACCCUGCGAAAAAAAACUGAGUAUAGAUGGCUAAGAAAGUCUGCUGAGAAAGGUUGGUACGUAUAUUACAGAAGAGGUCUGGUACUCCUUGCCUACCCUGAAAAGCCGCCACGUAAAGGCUACGUAAAGGUACUCAUUGAAAUGGUCAUCAGAGAGCUGCCAGAUAGUCACCAGAUAUUUUCUAGUUCGAUACUGCGAUUGAUGAAGUUUCGUCUAUUUCUUUCCUAACUGGACGUUCAUACAUUUUGCAUUCAAUGAUAGGUCACUAAAACAAUGGGCUAUAAUAAAAGCAAUAAUAAUUAUAAUAUUUUGUAUCUUCACUUCAUUCCAUAGGAAGUAAACAUAUUUUCGAUUGAUUACCUGUUCCUUGUGAAAGAAUCAAGAAUAAUA